GAAAUGGAAGUAGCAUCUCACGAGUUGUCAUUAGAUGACCCAUACAGCCUAGCCAUUGAACCUGAAUAUGGUCCAGAAGCCACGAAUUUCACAAUGUCGGUAGAGGUUUGGUUCGCCCGAAUAUAACCCAAUUACAUUUUAACAAAUAUGUAAAAGUAGAUAUAACUAUGUUAAGAUCAGUCCAAAUUCUUCUCCUCCCGCUUCCAAUCUGAUUUCCAUAUAGGAAUCAAAAUCCUGAACCGGGAAUGUUGCGCCACAUAACGUGUUAGAAAACCUAUUCGAAUACCCUAACACACAAGAUUGCAGGCACGUAAAACCGGUGCCCCACCUGUUGUGACAACGUUCGUAUUUUGUUAUUUGUGAACAAAAAAGUUAGAUGUUUUCACAUGCAAAGUAUGGCGUAUUGGUUGAGUGCCCUCUCCCUAGCUGCAAUAAUGUAGCCCUAUCUGAUUUUUUUAUUCUGACGUUCGGAGAGGGCUACAUUAUUACAGCUACCCCUCCCCCCAACAUUUUUUAUAGUAAUGGUAAGAUUGAACCUACGUAGUGAAGGGGUGGGGGUCCCCUAUUUUGAUUUUAAAUUUCGAACAAAAGAAAAUCUGUGAGUUUUUGUUUUUAGCCUUGUCCUCUGCCCUCACGAUUUAUUUUUUAUAUUUGCUUGUCUAGAAUUUAUACAAUUGUGACAUACAUCAACUCCCCCCCCCCCUGUCCCGUGGAGAUUCGGGUUAGAAUAUAUCCCCAGUACCCCUUGCUUGUCGUAAGAGGCGACUAAAUGGGACAGUCCUUCGGAUGAGACUGCAAAAACGGAGUCCCCCGUGUCACAGCAGGUGUGGCACGAUUAAAAUCCCUCCCUGCUCUAAUGCCAUUUGCAGCCCUCCACCGGCAUUGGUGACGUCUCCAUAUGAGUGAAAUAUUCUCGAGAGGGGCGUUAACAAUAUACAAUCAAUCAAUCUUCUCUCCCACUCUCCGAAAAACGAUGUUACAUGCCUGAAUCAGUUUGUUUUCUCUUUAUUCGGGAUCUGAGAGAAUCAUUAUGAAUUGUAUACCAAUUUCAUAGAUUUCACCCAUAAAUUUUUUUCCCCAUUCCCCCAGUGAAGCUAAAUCUUAAAAAUCUCCAAUAUUGAAAAGGUCAAACAGGCAGAUGAAAUCUGACCAGAAAAGUUCAUUUGAGCUUUGGCUAAGCCGAGCGAAACAUUCCCGUCCUCUUACAAAUACCUAAAAUAACGACAGCUUUCAAGACAUGUUGCUGGCAUGGAAAAAUAUUUGGGAGAAAAUAAUGAGCAUAUGAUGGAAUCAUUACACAACCAGAGAUAUUAUCUCUCAAAAAAUGCCUCGAUGAAUCGGUACUCCCAACAAAUUUCGGGGGAAAAUAAACGCGUUCCGCAGCGGAAUGGAGAGACGGUAGACUGCGAAGUGAGCAGGCGACUAGGGAGAAGAGAAUACUGCUAACGAACGUUGAGUGGGAAGCCCUUUGUGCUUCGGUCACCGUGGAAUGUUUUCAUUGAAAAGUGGAUGACCAGUGUAAAUACAGGCGAUAAACACAAGAUAUCGACCCAUGGAGUACUAUUGACCAAUAUAAACUUUGGAACCCUUAUCCUUGGAGUUUGAUUUUCCCCCAAUUAAUAUAAUCAACGGAAUGGCUUAAAUAUAUCAAGUGGUAUAUUUUGUAUUGAACAAGUGUAUAGUGUGAUAAUAUGGAUUCCAUUCAAUAAAGCUAUGUAGAACGCCGUGACAUCGAGACAUGGAGGGGACAAGGAUUUAUAAGAACUUCCAUCAGUGGCUGCUGCCCCCCAGGGCUGUGGUGGGCAUACUGGGACUGGCCUCUGUCUUCGUGUUCGUGGGCAUUGUACUGUUGGCCAUUGGAAGCUCUGGUUUGACAGUUGGAGGAGCUUUAUUCUUCGGCAUUGGCCUGAUCCUCAUUCUGAUUUGUCUGCUGCUGUGCAUGCACGCCUGUUUCGUUUUGUAUGUCAAAGACCAAGGCACGCAAACCCAAGCAAAUGCUAACAUUACUUCGUCUGACAACAAAAGGGAAUCAGAUUUUAUACCAACAUACGCUGUUAUUGACAAAAAACCGCCACCCUCUCCGUCCAGUGUUCGAAACGGCCGAAUUGGUGGGGGAGCGGGGGCACCGAAAAAGUUUGUGACCCUUAGUGGGGAUACCCCUCAGAGCGCGACUGUAAGUUAUCAGGAGAGAGGAAAUACAGUGCAAUAUCAGCCACACAUGACGUAUUCCCCGACGCAGGAAGGAAGUAAUUUUAAGUACUCGUCAUACAAUGCCGGACAGUCUCCAUACGAAUAUCAACAGCAGCAACAUUAUCAACAGCAACACAGAAUUGCACAGCAGCAAUACGCAUUUCCGAUCAAUUCAGCGCAGCCGACUCCUUAUAGCACCUUAAGUUCUAAACAGAUACAAAAUCCGAGUGCCAUUCAAGUUUAUCCAGGAUUCCGUCCGCGUUAUGACGAAGAUUAUGACAAUCCUGGGGAAUCUACGCCAAUUAUGAACCAUCAGCAGCACUCUUCUCAGUGGACAACGAACAAAUCUUUAGCAGACGAAACCCCUGAACCUACACCUUUAGUGCACCCGUCUGCUAAGCGACCUAUGACAUUUGAUCAGGUCUCAUCAUCAAAGAUGAGUAUUUAUGACAAUGUACAAUUUGGUCUGAAUAAACUCGAUGAAGAAGAAUGAUUGACUUUGUCCAAAAUAUUAUGAAUAUCCAAGAAUUGUUAUUACUUUUUGUUGUGUGUAAUGUAGCAUUGUGUUUUGCAUUUAUUUUUGUUAUGUUGUACUACAAUAUUUUCAUGUGACAUGCUUUAAAAAUGAGAUAUAUGUAUUUUUUAAGUAUGAAACAUUUAGCUUUGAAACUGAAAUAAAAUGUACCGAGCCAAUGACAUUAUUGAUAAUUAAAAAAACCACCAAAACA